AUGACCGAUCAGCAGGUGGACGCGAGCGGCAAGCCAAGAAGGCCUACCAGGGAGUACGAGAAGCGCCAAGCAAGGGUCAGGUUUGCCAAUCCCAAGGGUCAAAUACCAAAGGGCUUGGAGAUGUUUCCUCUGCCGACCGGCGUUAUUGCAGCGCUCUGCCAAGCCCCCGUGCCGAGCUCUUUAGUCAAGAUAGGGCCAAGUUCCGCACGAAUGACGCGCUGGGUUUGGUUCGUUUUAUUUCUUGUGGUCGGUUUUUUUUUUUUUUUUUUUUUUUUUUUUUUUAUGGUUCCUUUCCCCCCUUUUCAUCUGGGCAAAGCAAAGCAAACACACAAUAACCUCUGA